AACCGAGACUUGGCACACCUGCAAGCAAGCUAUGGUACCCUGUUGUUGUCUCCUCUCCGGGUAAACUUCCAGUAAUUUUCUACCAUAUAUAAUGUCCCUGAGCUAAAAGGAAGAUGUCUGCACCAAGUCCCAACCCAGGGAGUGCAGCUUCACCUAUGGGUCCUCCCCAGCAGUCACUAUCACCCAUGCCUCCGCCCCAAGCAACCUCCCCAGCUGUGGGUCCACCCCAGGCCCCGUCACCCAUGGGUCCACCCCAGGCUCCUUCACCCAUGGGUCCGCCGGUAAUGUCCCCUGGUCCGGGUGUACCGCCCACGCAGCAGGGCCCUCCGGGUGGCCCUGGCAUGUCCCCACAAGGAGGGCCCAGUCCUCAUCACUCAUACCCUCAGGGAACUCAGGGUUGGCCACAGACCCCUGGUUCAUACCCUAACAGUUACCCUCCACAGCCCCAACAAGGGCCAUCAAUGGGUCCAGGUGGCCAUCAUCCUCCUCAGGGUCCUGCUGGUGGCCCUCCAGGUGGUGGAUUACCUCCCCCAAGUGGUGGUGGCCCGAAUGGUCCUAGUCCUAGUGGUGGCAGCUUCCAACAGGAGAACCUUAAUGCCUUACAGAAGGCCAUUAACACCAUGGAAGAUAAAGGUCUACAAAACGACCCUCGUUAUACUGACUUAGUUAAUAUGAGAGCUAAGUAUGGUAACAUGGGGCCACCACCACCAGGUAGUGCUUCAGCAUCUGCUGGUACUGGUCCAUCAGGGCCUCCUGGUGGCCCGGCUUAUGGCCCUCCAGGAGCAGGUGGCCCAGAUGCACAAAGAGCUGGCCUGCUGAACCCUCCACAGAUGCAUCAGCUGAGGGCACAGAUAAUGGCCUACCGCUGUAUUGCCCGCAACCAACCUGUCCCUAACCACGUGUCCUCCAUGGCCCAGGGCCGCAGGGGUGAGCAGGACCCCACGCGGCCACCAGGACCUGUCCUUCCUGGACCACAGGGCCCUCCAUCGGGGCCUCCUAGUGGACCCCCAAGUGGACCUCCAACUGGCCCUUCCACUGGUCCUCCUACAGGUCCUCCUGCAGGACCUCCCACAGGACUUCCUGGUAGUCAGGGUCCACCUGGUCCUCCAGGACCUCCCGGACCUCCCACCAUGCAGUACCCAAGACAUCCUGGACCAAUGGCAGUGGUGCGACCUCCGUAUAAUGGCACCGGGCCGUCACAAACACCCCCUCCACCAGUUAGUGUUAUGAACUCUCAACCAGGAGUGACCGGCCCUCUUCCUGGGACCACCCCGAGGCCUCAGGUACCAGCGACCGCUGUAGGGACGACCCCUGUAACUACUGCUGGGGGUAAAACAAGUCGUGUCACCCCCAUCACAAAACCUUCAGGAGUAGACCCAUUAGUUCUUCUACAGGAGAGAGAAAAUAGGUUGGCCGCACGUAUCGCUCACCGAAUUGAUGAAUUAAACGGCCUGCCAGCGACCAUGGCGGAAGAUCUCAAGAUGAAAGCACAAAUAGAGCUGAGAGCACUGCGUCUACUGAACUUCCAGCGGCAGUUAAGAGCUGAAGUCGUAGGCUGUAACCGCAAAGACACAACACUAGAGACGGCCAUUAACAUCAAGGCUUACAAACGCACCAAACGGCAGGGUCUCAGAGAGGCUCGGAUCACAGAGAAGCUGGAGAAACAACAGAAGCUGGAGGCUGAACGUAAGAAGAGACAAAAACAUCAAGAAUAUCUCAACGCUGUACUGCAACACGGUAGAGAACUCAAGGAGUUCCACCGCCAGAACUCGCAGAAGAUCAACAAGCUGAACAAGGCGCUACUGAUGCACCACAUGAACGCUGAGAGGGAGAAGCAGAAAGAACAGGAACGCAUAGAGAAGGAACGACUCCGUCGACUGAUGUUGGAGGAUGAAGAGGGUUACCGGAAGCUGAUCGACGAGAAGAAGGACAAGCGGCUGGCCUAUCUCUUGACGCAGACGGACGAGUUUAUCGCCAAUCUGACCGAGAUGGUCAAGGCUCACAAGGAAGAUCAGCGACUCAAACACCGGGAGGAGAGGAAGAAAGCGAGGGAGGAGCGUCGGCGAGCACGGGAGGCCAUCUCGGAGCACGACGGUGAGGGAGAGAACCAAAAAAAACACAUCCCAGUUAUGGAGUCAGCCACUGGGGCCAUCGUGAGCGGUCUACAGGCCCCCCUAGAAGAAAACCUGGAGGCGUUCCUGAUAGCUAACCCAGGCUGGGAGAUACUGCCUGAAGAAGAUGCGUCCUCAUCUGAUGAAGACGACCAUAAACGAGAGAAAGAGAGCGAGAAGGAGAAGGGUAAAGAGGCCGACAAGAAAGCAGAACCUGAGUUGGAUGCUGACGGCAAUCCUCGAGAGGUCUUGAAGAAGGUCGAGGAUGAUGAAUAUAAAGAUGCCUCUGGGGAGAAGAACUACUACUCUAUUGCUCACACCAUUAAGGAAACUGUAACUGAACAAGCCAAGAUGAUGGUUAAUGGUCUACUGAAGGAGUACCAAGUUAAGGGUCUGGAAUGGCUCGUGUCGCUGUACAACAACAACCUUAACGGCAUCCUGGCCGAUGAGAUGGGUCUUGGCAAGACUAUCCAGACCAUAGCCCUCCUGACGUACCUGAUUGAGACCAAGAAGAACAAUGGCCCUUACCUGAUCAUUGUUCCUCUGUCCACUAUAUCUAACUGGGCCCUCGAGUUUGAGAAGUGGGCCCCUACUGUACAGAUCGUGGUAUACAAAGGGUCACCUCAGGUUCGUAGGAUCGUUCAGAGCCAGAUGAGAGCCACUAAGCUUAACGUGCUGCUGACCACCUACGAGUACAUCAUUAAGGAUAAAGCUGUGUUGUCCAAGCUGCGGUGGAAGUACAUGAUUAUUGAUGAAGGCCACCGCAUGAAGAACCACCACUGCAAGCUGACUCAGACUCUCAACACCUUCUACAACGCUCCUCACCGCCUGCUGCUGACAGGAACUCCUCUACAGAACAAACUCCCAGAGCUGUGGGCACUUCUCAACUUUCUCCUGCCAUCCAUCUUUAAAUCAUGCUCCACAUUUGAGCAAUGGUUCAAUGCUCCCUUUGCUACCACUGGUGAAAAGGUUGAGUUAAAUGAAGAAGAAACAAUAUUGAUCAUCCGACGUUUACACAAAGUUCUACGGCCAUUUUUACUACGUCGGCUCAAGAGAGAGGUGGAAGCUCAGUUGCCAGACAAGGUCGAGUAUAUAAUUAAAUGCGAGAUGUCUGGCCUGCAACACGUCCUGUACCGAUCCAUGCAGACAAGAGGCGUCAUGCUGUGUGCUGAAGACAAGAAAGGCCAGAAGAGUAACACCAAGGCUCUUAUGAACACUAUUAUGCAGCUAAGAAAACUGUGUAACCAUCCAUUCAUGUUCCAACACAUAGAAGAAGCUUAUUGUAACCACACGGGCUUUUCUGGAGGUAUUGUACAGGGCCCUGAUCUUUAUCGAGCCUCAGGCAAGUUUGAACUACUGGACAGAAUAUUACCCAAACUAAAGGCCACAGAUCACCGUGUGUUACUCUUCUGCCAGAUGACACAACUUAUGACCAUUAUGGAAGAUUAUCUCAUGUAUAAAGGCUUCAAAUACUUGAGACUUGAUGGCAUGACGAAAUCUGAGGAUCGUGGCGAACUACUGCGACUGUUCAACACCUCCAGGGAGUACUUCUUGUUCCUGCUGUCCACACGUGCUGGAGGGCUGGGACUCAACCUACAGUCUGCCGAUACUGUGAUUAUCUUCGACUCAGAUUGGAACCCACACCAGGAUCUACAGGCCCAAGAUCGUGCUCACCGUAUUGGCCAGAAAAAUGAGGUAAGAGUGUUGAGACUAAUGACCGUAAACACUGUGGAGGAACGCAUCUUGGCCGCGGCCCGGUACAAACUCAACAUGGACGAGAAGGUCAUCCAGGCCGGUAUGUUUGAUCAGAAGUCGACCGGAUCUGACCGUCGACAGUUCCUCCAAGCCAUCCUGUCAAAUGACAAUGAAGAGGAUGAGGAAGAGGAUGAAGCUCCAGACGACGAGACUAUUAACCAGAUGAUCGCCCGAGGGGAGGACGAGUUUGAGAUGUUCCAGAAGCACGACGAUGAGAGACGGAAGGAGUCGACCAGGGCCCGUCUUAUGGCCGAGGACGAGUUACCGGAGUGGAUGUUGAAGGAGGAGGAUUCUGAGGAGAUAGAAGAGGAGGAACCGGAGGAACUGGGAGACCGUCGCGCCCGGUCCAAGAAGGAAGUCGACUACACCGACAGCCUGACGGAGAAAGAAUGGCUCCGUGCUAUUGGGGCUGUUGAAGAGGAUGGCAAAGAGGCCAUGGAAGAAGAGGAGGAAGAGGUGACUAGCAGUAAGAACAAGAGGACCUCAAAAGGCAAGCGUAAACGACAGGACGACCUGGAUAACGACGACGACCCCAAGCCCAAGAAACGGGGUCGUCCAGCCAGGGAAAAACCCGCGCCCAAAAAUAAACGCAUGAUUCGUCAGCUGAAGCGCCUCAUGGAUAUUGUGAUCAAGUAUGAAGACAGGUCACGACGGUCGGUACUGAGCGAACCGCUCAUGAAGUUACCGCCCGUCAGAGCUGAUUACUGGAUAAUCAAGAGGCCUAUGGAUAUUUGCAAGAUCCUAUCCAAGAUUGAGGAAGGAAGGGUAAUACGAGACAACGACCUGCAGAGCGACUUUGUUCUCCUGUGCCGCAACGCCCAGGAGUACAACGAGGAGGCUUCUGUGAUCUUUGAGGACUCGAUCGUUAUGCAGAGCGUCUUCUUCAACGCCAGGGAGCGACGAGGCAGAGGUUGAUACUAUCCCUGAAGAAGAAGAGGAAGAUGAUGAAGAAGAAGAGGAAGAGGAAGACAGUAGAGGAAAGAAGGGAAGAAAAUAAGAAGGAUAAAAGCCGAGGCAGGAGGAAAAGAGUAAAAUAUGCGACUGAUGAUGAUGAUGAUGACGAUGACGAUGAUGAUGACGUGAGUAGUAAAAAAGAAACAGAGUGAAGCUUUUAAAUUAGUCCCUAAAAACGUAAGCAAAAAACGUAAACCAAAAAGGGGUUAAGAAUUGAGGAAUUUUUUUUUCAUCACGUUUUAUUAUUAUUAUUAUUUUUAUGCCGUUUGUGUUAGCUAUUGUAGUAGUUAAUUGUGUUUGUAUUUAUAUAUUAAGAUAAAUGUUUGGUUGUAUCAGCAGCUCUAUGUAUGAUGGUCUUACUGAUUGAGAGAGGGAGGAGAGUGAGAGAGACUUUAUAACCCAGUCUCACCUUAUGACUUUUGGGCUUUAUAAUUAAACAAACAGAUAUGUG